UAUAAAAUGGCAGCCAAAGAUAUUAUAAGUGAGUUUCAAGAACUCACCAGGCAAGCCCUUCCCAAGAUGUACUAUGACUUCUACGCAGGAGGAGCCGAAGACCAGCACACCCUCAGAGAAAACGUGAAAGCAUUUCGUAAUAUCAUGCAAGUUUUGAACUUGAAUGUUUCGGUUGGUAUAAGAAGAAUCGAUAUGUCGACAAUAGUUAUGGGAUACAAGACCUCUGCACCAAUCAUGGUUGCCCCAACAGCCAUGCACAAAUUGGCUCAUCCCGAAGGGGAAGUAGCAACAGCCAGAGCUGCGGCCUCCUCAAACGUCAUAAUGGUGUUAUCCUAUAAUUCAACUUGCACAAUCGAAGAAGUUGCUUCAAGCUGCAAUGCAGUUCGGUUCUUCCAAUUAUACGUGUACAGAAGGCGUGAUAUAUCAGCUCUGAUGGUGCAAAGGGCUGAAAGAAAUGGAUUUAAGGCUAUAAUGCUUACUGUUGAUACUCCAAGGCUUGGACGAAGAGAGGCGGACAUUAAAAACAAGAUGAUUGCUCCUCAGCUGAAGAAUUUUGAAGGGCUCGUUUCAACUGAAGUCGUCACUGAUAAGGGCUCUGGCAUUGAAGCCUUAGCAUCUAAGAUGUUGGACGAUUCAUUAUGUUGGAAGGUCAUAGGAUGGUUGAAAUCCGUUACAAAUUUGCCGAUAUUGGUUAAGGGGAUCCUUACACAAGAAGAUGCGAUAAAAGCCUUGGAAGCUGGUGUUGAUGGUAUUGUUGUUUCGAAUCAUGGAGCUCGUCAGCUAGACUAUAGUCCGGCCACAAUAACUGUUCUGGAAGAGGUGGUGCUUGCAGUGAAAGGCAAGAUUCCGGUUAUUUUCGAUGGAGGGGUGAGAUGCGGUUCGGAUAUAUUCAAGGCAUUGGCUCUUGGUGCACAAGCCGUUAUGAUUGGAAGGCCAGUCAUCUACGGCUUGUCGGCAAAGGGAGAAAACGGGAUCAGACAAGUGAUUGAGGUGUUGAAAGAUGAGCUUGAGCAAACAAUGGUAAUGGCCGGAUGUCGCAUGGUGGUGGACAUAAAUAGAAGCCAUGUGCAGACCAAACCCUAUUGCAAAAUGUAGUACACAAUUGUGGUCAAGACUCAAAUCCAAUCAAGGGCUUGAUGUUUCCCACAUUGUUAUAUGUACAGAAAAAUGAGUACAUUAGAUAAAGAACUCUGUGGUUUUGACAGUUGGGGUUAGUUACAAAAUCUGAUGCAUGGAGUGUGCCUCGUCGGAUCAUGUAAUUUCAAUGCAUGUGAAAGUUGCCGUGUUUUUAAAGUUUGGUUUUAGUUUGUAAACAUAUAUGGUACCGUGUUAAUAACAAUAGAGAAAUGCAUCUACGACAGACUUCAAUUUUUCCGAA